GAAAGCCUUUCCUGGGAGCUCGGUGUCUGCACGGGUUAAGGAGUGCGGGGCGAGGUGGAAAGGUUGCUGUUGAAUUUCACUUUAAGGGACCGGACAGAAAGCAGCGAAAUGGAUGACUUCCGCUCCAUCUGCCUGCUGUCUCUGGCCAUGCUGGUCGCCUGCUAUGUGGCAGGAAUUAUCCCCUUGGCAGUUAAUUUUUCCGAGGAGAGAUUAAAGUUGGUGACUGUUCUGGGUGCUGGGCUGCUGUGUGGAACUGCCUUGGCUGUCAUUGUGCCAGAAGGAGUGCAUGCACUUUAUGAAGACAUUUUGGAGGGGAAGCAUCACCCGGCGAGCGAGAUGCAGCAUGUGAUUGAGUCUGAGAAGGUAGCGGAAAUCCCGGUUGUACAUGAGUAUGGCCAUGACCAUUCCAGGUUGCAUGCCUACAUAGGUGUAUCCCUUGUCCUCGGCUUUGUCUUCAUGCUGUUGGUGGACCAGAUAGGCAGCUCUCAUGUGCACUCUACAGAUGAUCCAGAAGCUGCAAGAUCAGGCAACUCCAAAAUCACCACGACGCUGGGACUAGUCGUCCAUGCUGCAGCUGAUGGUGUUGCAUUGGGAGCAGCAGCUUCUACUUCUCAGACUAGUGUCCAGUUGAUAGUGUUUGUCGCGAUUAUGUUGCACAAGGCACCAGCUGCCUUUGGCCUGGUUUCCUUCCUGAUGCACGCUGGGCUGGAACGGAAUCGAAUUAGAAAGCACUUGCUGGUCUUUGCGUUAGCAGCACCUGUUAUGUCGAUGGUGACAUACUUAGGGCUAAGCAAGAGUAGCAAAGAAGCCCUUUCAGAAGUCAAUGCCACCGGAGUUGCUAUGCUGUUUUCUGCUGGGACUUUUCUUUACGUUGCCACAGUUCAUGUCCUCCCAGAAGUAGGAGGAAUUGCUCAUAGCCACAAACCUGAAUCAACUGGAGGAAAAGGACUCAGUCGUCUGGAGGUGGCAGCCCUAGUAUUAGGAUGCCUUAUUCCUCUAGUUUUGUCCAUUGGACACCAUCACUAAACGCUCAAAUUUCACCGUUCUCCUCAAUCUGACAUGAGCAGUAAAUGUCGGCUGCUCCCUUUAUCUUUGUCUCUUACCUGUCAUCCAUCCCAUCCACUUCACGGAGUUCAGAGGGAACGUUGAUUGAGAAAUGAGGAAUACUGGGAAAGUUUUUAGUGUAGCAAAAUGUACUUUGGCAGCCAGACAUAAAUUCUGUGUAGCUUUCUUUUCUGAAGACACUUGCUAUUUUAAUUGUUACUUCUGGCCCUAUUCUCAGGGAAGAUGGAAUUUGGAGUUUAAGAAGGGUGAGCGGGGAAGAACAUAGCGACUCAUCGUGAUAUCGCAAUCACCAAAGUAUCCUGCGAUUCAGCUUUCACAGCUGAGAGCAAAAACAAAGGAUGGCUGCCUUCUGAGAGGUUGAAGUCUUACUAAUGAAGAAGGGGGCUCUCCCCCAUUGGUUCUAUGUUGUCCUGACAACGCGACUGGUCCUUGUAAUGUUUGUCACUAAUUGUAUUGCAAAAAUGGGCUACACUUGGAAUUCUGGAUAACACUGCUAUUGUCACGGAAGUGUCACUGAUAGGAAAGAAAUGAUGUAGACAAAGUGUAGAAUUAGAGUAGGAAAUCAGCUGGUUAAUAAAGUGCAAAUGAAUUUUGCCGUGUAUUCCAUUAUUUGAGACAAAGGAUAGAAGCAAGGAGAAUAUUGUUUUGGUUGUUUAUGCAAUUGGUAAUACAUUUUUAAAAGGCAGUAUUUCUUGGGAGAUGGUCUUCUGCCAAGUCAGUAAAGUGUAGGCACCAAAAAUGAUAGCAGGAAUUAUGUAUUGGGUACUGUGAUUACACUACUGCUACUGUUGAGAGAGAUAUCCAUAGUGUCCUUCGAAAUCGAGCUGGGCUCUGGUUCUGGGCUCUGAGGAGUAGAAAUCUGAUGGAGACAGCUGUUGAGACCCCAGAGAACUUUACUAGCUCAUUUUCAAAAGUGAACUGCUGAAAUUAGUGGAGGUGUGUGGGGUUUUUUUUCAUUAAAUAAAAGCUAUUAAGGCUAAUAAAACAGAUGUUUAGUUAAAUAUUUAUGCUGCAGAUAGAGUACAAAGUGUUUCUAAAGCAGUUCUAAACAAAAAACCCCAACAAACACAAAAAACCAAAGUGGUGCAUUCCCAGUGGACCUGUUAGGCAUUUUGCUUUUCCCUUGGGAAUUGUGCAUUCGCCUCUUACUGAUAAGCAUUAGUUUUGGUGAAUCUGCUGGAGGACUUAUUGCCAACUGCUGAUGCCUCUCACUGCAGAAGAGUGAUAAAAGAUCCCUCCCUUUCCAAGGCACAGCCUUCUCUUGUCAGGCACUAUUUUUCUUAUGCAAAAUAUAUUAUACUCUAAUAACUGUAGUGCAUUGAAAAGUCAGGAAUGCUUGACAUGCACAGACUCAACAUAAAAUUCUUUCUUUAGGGGAAAACUUUUUAAUGCCGUACCCUUUUUAAGCUAUACUUUGUCUGCACUUUUUAAAGAUAACAUUGCCAAAUAUAUUUCUUUUGAUUUUUUUUUUUUGUUUGUUUGAAAUGGAUUUUCAGGGCUUGAAAUACCUUCUUAACUGAAGUGCUUCUUGUUUCCAUUUGAAUGACUGUGUCUGGUUUUCAUGGCAUUUAUUACUUAUACUACGCAGGCCAUUGUGCCUCUUAACGUCUUUACAUUUUUGUCAUUGUCCUGUUUGUCUACUAGUUCAAUAACAGGUAUGGCCUGUCUCUUGGACUAGUGAUUGUUUUAUCUGUUGGCUUUGUAACAAUACAGGUGUAUCCCAGGAUUGAAGCUAGUAUUGAUCCCCAGGAGUGCUUGUUCAUGUGUGUGUUUUACUGUAUAAAAUCAGUGCAAAAUUAUUAGAAACCAUCUUUUCCCACAAGACAGUAUUUUUAGACAGAAUUAGUGUAUCAGGCCUAAACAAGCAUUUUUGACAUUAGACCUUCAAAAAUUAAUUCUGUUGUGAAAAGCCGCUGCAAAAUUAGUGACAUGGACGAGAGCUGCUCCUGCACGUUCUUAAACUUUUUUUACAACGUACAUAUGCAACUAGUAAGUUACCAGUUUAAAAAGUUCAGUGAUAGAGGUUACCCACACAUGCGAAUGAUACACAGGGAUGUUUACACCAGAGCUCCCAGUGUUCUUCCUGAUUGCCCCCUAAUUACCUUCUUCCUUGAUAAUCUCACUAUUUUACCUUGCUUAAUCUUUCCACAUACAUGAACUGUUUCCAAAAGUUCCGAGAGUUUGCAAGAUCUGCAGCAGAAGCAGGAGAUAGCUUAGUGCAGCAUCAGAUGCUUACAUUUUGUAAAACGUUAGGGUUUUUUCUUUAAACUAUCAUCUGUCAUUUGCAUGUGCACCCCACCUCCCUAGUUAAGCUGGCACCCUGACUGUGUUCCACUUCAGCCUCAUUUUGUGUGUGUAACAAUUACAGCGGUUUAGGGAGGUAUGUAGGUAAGGUCCCAUUUCACACGUUUUGUUCCAGUGUUGGAUAGUGGAUAGUACCUUCUUCUAUGGAUGGGUGUGUAUUGGUGAGGAUGUGACAGCCAGCCUUUUCACUGCUGUCAUAACCUCUGGCGUAUUAAUCAUAAGAGGUGCCACUGCUGAGAGGUCUUGUCGUCUUUCUUUUCUCCUAUCUCUCAGAUCAUGUUUCCAGUUCCUGGGGCAGCCACCAGAAAUGUUAAUACUCAUUUUAAUGAUUCCUGAACUACAGAGGCCAAGUUAUAGCAGCAGGUGAGGGAUUUUAAAUUAAAAAUUGGCAAGUUAAAAUUAGCACAAAAAUUCUGAUAACAUGUACUUUUCAAUUUGGCACUCGGUUAAGUGGUAGAAGAUUUGUGAUUUAUUUUUUUUUCUCCUACCCAUUUAGAAGUAGCAACAGCAUUUGCUUUUGGCUGCCUCUGUUAUCUCUGCAUUGAACUAUUAUUUUCAGUUCUGUAGCUGAAACUGCAGUGACUAAAGAAGCUUUUGGUUAUGUGAUAAGGAGAAUAUAAAAUUUUAAAUGAUCAAACCUUUCCAAAUAGUUAGUUCCACAUGGAGGAUUAUUUUCUUGAGGCAGAGUAUUUUAAUGAGUUAAAUAAAACGGUCAAUUUUAUAAUAUCCCCUUUUUUUUUACCUAUCUCCCCAUCUGCCACAGUAAAUCCAAGCACUGCAUGUAGUCAGGGCCAUCUGGUAUCAUUUUCUACUCCUCAGGGGACCUUGGUGUAAACAAAUUCCUCUUACUCUCUCUGUAAUAGCCAUCUCUGCCUGUGUUUUCUGCUGUGAGGUAGGUGGCAGCAGGUCUAGCAGGUAAUGCUUUAACCAAGUGCUAGGCAUGUCCCCCUUUCCUUCUGUAAAUCCUUUUAGGAAAUCGAUAAUCUUCUCAUUAGCUGUUUUUUUCAGCUAAUGAUUUCUUAAUUGGUGAUAGGAAUUGGACUAAAGCUGUUUCCGUUGAUCACAGUGUGUUCAGGUACUUUCCUACUGUUCUAAUUAUUUUAUUGUUCCUUACAUAAAGAAGGGAAAUAUUUCUUUUUCAGCACUUGAUGACAGAUGCAGAAGCUGCAUUGAUAUUAACUUAAGUGAGGAUGGCACAACUGUCACACCAAGAUAGGAAUUUUUGAUAGUUGCAGCAUGUCAGAUGGCUGGGUGUUAAACACAGAAACCCACUGUUGACUUCAAAGAACCAUUUCCAGGUGGAUUGUGUAAAAGGCUAAUGUUAUCCAAGAGACCCAGGAAAACUACUGCGUUUAUUCAGGAACCAGGUCAGAGCCUUCAAGGAGCUUUUGACAGUAGCAGAUGUGUCCGUGUGGUAUCGGCUCUAUGCAGAAUGAGAGAGAGAUACUGUGGAAAAAUGUUGCUGCUCCUCCCUUCCCGUUCUGCGCUGGGACUUGGUAAGAGGAGGAGAAGUGUAUUUGUAU